UUACCUAUGUUUGUUUGUCAUUACAUUGUGAAAUGUUUCUCUGAAUGAAAGCUUUAAUUGAAUUGCGUUUAAUAUUAUUUGUCCAAACUAUUUGUGAAAAUGUCAUCUGAUCCCGAUCACGAUUCUUCUGUGAAGUCGAAUAAUGCUAACGAUUCCAAGGUCAAACGCACAAAGAAAAAAGCCCAAAAGAGCGAAUUCCGAGAUGGAGAAUUCUGCCAGAUUUGCCAGGAUGGUGGCAAACUGCUGUGCUGCGAUUCCUGUCCCUCAGUUUACCACAGGACCUGCCUGAAUCCUCCCCUGCAAUCCGUGCCCAAGGGCGCUUGGCACUGCCCUCGCUGCAGUGCGCCGCCGGGAAAGCUCGAGAAGAUCAUGUCCUGGCGAUGGACCCACCCAGGAGCCUCCACUUCGAAGCGAUUGAAGGGACCCAGGGAACGCGAGUUCUUCAUCAAGUGGUUGAACCAAUCCCACUGGCGCUGCACUUGGGUGUCCGAGGAGCAGAUGCACCUGCACCAUGCCCCGACGAUCCGUGCCUACCAGAGGAAGUACGACAUGGAGGAGCCACCCAAGUUUGGGGAUUUUGAGGGGGAGCUGGCGGAUCGCUUCUACAAGAACGGCAUAAAGCCGGAGUGGCUCAGGGUCCAGCGCGUGGUCAACCAUCGCAAGGAGCCAGAGGGCACCAUCAAGUAUCUGGUCAAGUGGCAGGAGCUGCCCUACGACAAGGCCACCUGGGAGGAGGAAAACGCUGGCAUACAAGGCCUCAAUGAGGCCAUCGACGUCUAUAGGGAUCUUCUAAAAGACAGCCAAUCCAGUAAGCGUAAGCACAAGCCCAUUACGGACCUUAAGAAGCACUACGAGGAGCAGCCUCUGUUCUUGAAGGGAACUGACCGCCAGCUGCAUCCCUUCCAGUUGGAGGGCCUCAACUGGCUGCGCUACAGCUGGGGUCAGGGCAUCAACACCAUCCUGGCCGACGAGAUGGGUCUGGGCAAGACCAUCCAGACCGUGGCAUUCCUGUACUCCCUGUUCAAGGAGCGUCACUGCUGCGGACCCUUCCUCGUGGCCGUGCCACUUUCCACUCUCGUCAACUGGGAACGGGAGCUGGAGCUGUGGGCUCCGGACUUCUGCUGCCUCACCUAUGCCGGCAACAUGGAGGCCAGAGCGGUGAUACGGAAAAACGAGCUGAACUUCGUGGAGGGCAGCAAGUUUCAUGUGCUGUUGACCAGCUACGAAAUGAUCACCUUGGAUGCCACUUACUUAAAACCACUCAAGUGGGAGGCCUUGGUUGUGGACGAGGCCCAUCGACUGAAGAGCGACCGGAGCAAGUUCUUCCGGAUCCUGAGCGGCUAUCAGAGCAUUGCCUACAAGCUGCUGCUCACGGGCACACCGCUGCAGAACAAUCUGGAGGAGCUGUUCCACCUGCUCAACUUUCUGAGCCCCGAAAAGUUCGACGACAUGCAGGCGUUUCAGGACGAGUUCACCGAUAUUUCCAAGGAGGAGCAGGUCAAGCGCCUGCACGAGAUGCUGGGGCCGCACAUGCUGCGCCGCCUGAAGACGGAUGUGCUGAAGAACAUGCCCUCCAAGUCGGAGUUCAUUGUGCGCGUGGAGCUGUCGGCCAUGCAGAAGAAGUUCUACAAGUUCAUCCUCACCAGAAACUUCCAGGCUUUGAACUCGAAGUACGGCGGCGGCGGUCGCUCCUGUUCGUUGCUUAACAUCAUGAUGGAGCUGAGGAAGUGCUGCAACCAUCCCUACCUCUUUCCCUCGGCUGCCCAGGGGGCCACCAGUUCGACCAAUGGCCUCUACGAGAUCAAGUCCCUGACCAAGUCCGCUGGAAAACUGGUGCUACUCUCAAAGAUGCUGAAACAGCUGAAGGCGCAAAACCAUCGGGUGUUGAUCUUCUCGCAGAUGACCAAGAUGCUGGACAUUCUUGAGGAUUUUCUCGAGGGAGAGCAAUACCAGUACGAGCGGAUUGACGGUGGCACCAAGGGCUCCACGCGUCAGGAGCCCAUUGACAGAUUCAAUGCGCCCGGUUCGCCGCACUUUGUCUUCCUUCUAAGCACUCGAGCUGGCGGCUUGGGCAUCAACUUGGCCACGGCCGACACCGUCAUCAUCUACGACUCGGACUGGAAUCCGCACAACGACAUUCAGGCCCUGUCGCGAGCCCAUCGCAUUGGCCAGGCCAACAAGGUCAUGAUCUACCGCUUUGUGACACGCAACACGGUGGAGGAGCGCAUCAUGCAGGUGGCCAAGCACAAGAUGAUGCUCACCCACCUGGUGGUGCGCCCGGGUGCCAAUUUCACGAAGCAGGAGCUCGACGACAUCCUCCGCUUCGGGACCGAGGAUCUCUUCAAGGAGGACGGCAAGGUGGAGGCCAUUCACUAUGACGAAAAGGCGGUGGCGGAGCUGCUGGACCGCAGCAAUCGCGGCAUCGAGGAGAAGGAGUCCUGGUCCAACGAGUACCUUUCCUCGUUCAAGGUGGCCUCGUACGCCACUAAGGAAGAGAAGGAUGCGGAUACAGAACAGAAGGACCCGGCCUUCUGGAGCAAUCUGUUGGGUGAACACCACCAGCAGAACCAGGAGAAUGAGCUAAGCAGCAUGGGAAAGGGCAAGCGAGUGCGCAAGCGUGUGAACUAUAAGAGUGGCCUUGUUUUGUCUUCCAAUAACUCGAUGGAAGACGAAGACCCCAGUUGGCUGCCACCGGCUGAUGAUGAACAGAAAAAGGAGGGCUCCGAAAACAUUCCCCCGUUGCAUCCACUGACGGCAUUAUAUAAUGCUAGUAAAAACUAGAUCGUUAGACAAGUCAGCUUUUUUUCAAGCUCUCUUCUUGAGCAGCUAUAUUUAUGGUUAAAUCUAAGAUAAUAUUAGUUUGAUCUAAAAAAUGUUAUCACUAAGGACAGAUGAAAACUGUUGUUCAGCUUAAAUCUUUUUCGUUUGGCAUACUUCACCUUAACUUUCGAAUAACACAUUUUUAUGUUAGUUAACAUUUAAUUACUUAAUACUCACACUUGUAAAAUCCUUGUAAUCCAUUUU